CACACUCUCCUCCCACCUCCUAACCUCUCUUUUAUAUAGCUGUUAUCAACUACCACUAAAACCCAAACCUCUCAACUUCUCUUUCUCUCUCUCUCUCACACAACUUCCAUUUCUUUAAGAGUUGUUAAUCCAAAACUUUCCCUUGAAAUCAUCUAAUCUCUCUCACUCAUUCCCUGUAUUCCACACCAAAUCACCAUUUCUUGGAUUCACUUUUCUUUUCUUUUCUUUUCUUCCAUCUUUAACUUUGUAAAAUAGCGUGUGCCGUAGUAUUUCCUUUGAACGAGUGCAGGAAUGUUCUUUCUUUUGUUCAAGUUUUGCUAGCAAAUCAAUCCAAACGCUCCUUAAAUCAAUUUUCCAGAUCGAUCUUCGGCUCAAAUCCAAGAUAUAUAUAAAUGGCUACACUUGGAGAUAUUGGAGUUUCAGCAGCUAUCAACAUUCUCAGUGCAUUCAUUUUCCUUUUGGCAUUCGCCUUUUUAAGGCUUCAACCUUUCAAUGAUAGAGUGUACUUCCCAAAGUGGUACCUUAGGAAUUUAAGAACAGAUCCAACAACAUCCGGAACAUUUGUAAGCAAGUUUGUGAACCUGGACUUUAGGUCAUAUAUAAGGUUUUUGAAUUGGAUGCCAGACGCACUGAAAAUGCCGGAACCUGCACUCAUUGAGCAUGCUGGACUGGAUUCUGCUGUUUACUUGCGGAUUUACCUGUUAGGACUUAAGAUCUUUGUUCCUAUAGCCUUGCUUGCAUGGUCUAUCUUGGUGCCAGUUAACUGGACAAAUAGCACUUUAGAGGAUGCAACCAAGGUCUCCAAUGUAACUGCUAGCAACAUCGAUAAGCUCUCUAUUUCAAAUAUCCCAACUGGAUCACAAAGGUUUUGGAGUCAUAUAUUGAUGGCAUAUGCCUUUACCUUUUGGACAUGCUAUGUGUUGAUGAAGGAGUAUGAGACCGUUGCCUUAAUGCGGUUGCAGUUUCUUGCAUCAGAAAAACGCCGCCCAGAUCAAUUCACUGUCCUUGUCAGAAAUGUUCCAUCUGACCCUGAUGAAUCUACAAGUGAGCUCGUGGAGCAUUUUUUCCUAGUCAACCAUCCGGAUCACUAUCUUACUCAUCAGGUGGUAUAUGAUGCAAACAAGCUUGACAAACUGGUCAAGAAGAAGAAAAAAUUGCAGAACUGGCUUGUUUACUACCAAAAUAAAUAUACUAGAAAAAGUUCUCAGAGGCCCUUCAUGAAGACUGGUUUUCUUGGGCUAUGGGGAAAAAAAGUGGAUGCAAUUGAUCAUCAUGAGUCUGAAGUUGAGAAACUGUCAAAAGAAAUAGCUGUAGAGAGGGAAAGAAUUACAAACAAUCCAAAAUCUAUCAUGCCUGCAGCAUUUGUUUCUUUCAAAACUCGUUGGGGAGCUGCUGUUUGUGCGCAAACUCAACAAUCCAAAAACCCAACUAUUUGGUUAACGGAGUGGGCUCCAGAGCCACGUGAUGUAUAUUGGCCAAACCUGGCUAUUCCAUAUGUUUCCCUCACAGUUAGAAGGCUGAUUGUAGCUGUUGCAUUUUUCUUCUUGACCUUCUUUUUCAUGAUCCCCAUUGCAUUUGUACAAUCUCUUGCAACUAUCGAGGGCAUUGAGAAAGCUGCCCCAUUCUUGAAAAGUGUUAUUGAAAUGAGUUUCAUUAAAUCAGUCAUCCAAGGUUUUCUACCUGGGAUUGCAUUGAAGUUAUUCCUUAUCUUUCUGCCAGCUAUAUUGAUGUUCAUGUCUAAGUUUGAAGGAUUUAAUUCUCUAUCAUCUCUAGAGAGGAGAUCGGCCUCUAGAUAUUAUCUUUUCAACUUUGUAAAUGUAUUCCUCGGGAGCAUAAUUGCUGGAAGUGCAUUUGAACAGCUAGAUACAUUUAUUCACCAAUCAGCAAGCGAGAUUCCUAAAACAAUAGGCGUGGCAAUUCCAAUGAGAGCAACUUUCUUCAUAACUUAUAUUAUGGUUGAUGGAUGGGCUGGUAUAGCUGGGGAAAUUCUAAUGUUGAAACCUCUUAUAAUGUAUCACUUGAAGAAUUUCUUUUUGGUGAAGACAGAAAAGGAUAGGGAGGAGGCAAUGGAUCCAGGAAGUCUUGGUUUCAACACAGGAGAACCCCGUAUACAAUUCUAUUUCCUGCUGGGCCUUGUGUAUGCUACAGUGACACCUAUUAUACUUCCUUUCAUAAUCAUUUUCUUCGGCCUGGCUUAUGUUGUAUUCCGUCAUCAGAUCAUAAAUGUUUAUAACCAAGACUAUGAGAGUGCUGCGGCAUUUUGGCCUGAUGUCCAUGGGCGUGUUAUAAGUGCGUUGGUCAUUUCACAAGUGCUUCUAAUGGGACUGAUGAGCACAAAAGAAGCUGCCCAGUCAACCCCAUUUCUCAUUGCACUUCCAAUUCUAACCAUAUGGUUCAGUAGGUUCUGCAAAGGCCGAUAUGAAGCAGCAUUUGUCAUAUAUCCACUACAGGAAGCAAUGAUGAAAGAUACUUUAGAACGGGCAAAGGAACCAAACCUGAACUUGAAAGGCUAUCUUCAAAAUACAUAUUUACAUCCAGUUUUUAAAGCUAGCGAAGACGAAGAAGAUGAUGAAAUUAAUGAUGACAAAUGGGAGAAUGAGAGUGUGAUUGUGCCUACAAAACGCCAGUCCCGAAGGAAUACACCAGCUGCCAGCAAAAUUAGUGGUGCAUCUUCCCCCCCAUCUCUGCCUGAGGCUGUUCAAGAGCUUCCACAGCCCUAAAUUAGGCUGGAAACUUGGCUUCUUACUGUUUGUUUCACCUUCACAGAACUGUACUAAUGGGCAGGCUGGCACUGUAAAUUAAAGAACAAGAAUAGCGUAUACAAACACAGAGAGACAGGAAGUCACAACAACCUUUAAGAACUGCAGCAAGAAAGCAAGUUGUCGUUGCUGUGCAUGAAAUGACUAGAGUGCAGGCUGGUAAAAUGUAGAAAUUUUUUGUGUAUUAUUCCUAAACCGGCCUGUUAAUUGUUGGAUCCUCUAUUUGAUAAUUCUAUUGUGAAUCCCUGUAUUUUUAUAGGCCUAAGUUAAACUUCAUGUGGGAAUUUUAUGACAAAAACAUUUUUGUGUAAAUAGUGUGAAUCAUCCGAAUGAGAGAUACAGUUUCAUCUUCCAAGCUACAUUAACUACAA